AUGAACGCUAACAAACAAAGACAGUAUAACCAGCUUGCCCAUGAACUUAGAGAGCUUCACACAAACUUGCAGGAAACAACAAAACAGUUAGAUAUUAUGUCGAAGCAAUGCAACGAAAACUUGGUUGACCAAUUGGGAAAGGUACAUGGAAGUUGGUUAAUAGGUAGCUACAUUUAUUAUAUGGAGCAGAUGCUUGGAAAGACACAGUAG